AUCAGGAAGGAAGCCAUCUUGAAGUUUCAGUUUAUAGAAAAUAAAACAGACACGAAAAUAAAAAACUGAAUGAAAACCUAAAGAAAUACGACAACUAUCGCAGAAAUCCGCGGUUGAAGAGAACAGUGGCAAACCGCCAGAGGCUAGAGCAGCGAGACGAGAGUGGAUUUUAACACCCCAGUGAUUUGUUCUGACUUCACAGAAGCUGGGCCGUUUGACUCUCGGACUGCUUCACAGAGAGAGACUGUAACAGGUGCUGGCCUGCAUCGCAAUAUUGGGGACUCAAACUUCUAUUGAGCGACAAUUUAAAACGAGAGAUCAUUCAAAGGAAAAAUCUCGACAAAAAACUACUACAGAAAUCUCUUUUUGGAGAAUUGUAUACAUAUACAUACAUAUAAAUAUAUAUAAAAUAAGAUUGCAGGUUUUUUUAUGCUGCAGACUUUUGGAAUUAAAACGUUGUAUUAAAGAUUUUGUAAAAACAGAGACUCUAUUGUAUAAGGAUGAGCACUGCGAGAAUGGAGACGCCAGUGAUUCUGGGUUUGUCCAAUCAGAAUGGGCAGCUUCGAGGCCCCGUGAAGCCCCCAGGGGGCCCAGGGGGGGGUGGCGGAGGGGUGACCCCCACGCAACAGACCAACCAGAUCAAGAACGCCAGCGUGAACAAUGGGAACCCCUAUCCGGCACAGACCCCCAACAGCACCAUCAAGCCAGGUGAUGACUGGAAGAAGAAUUUGCAAGUCCCAACCAAGGAUAUGAGAAUGAAAACUUCGGAUGUGACGGCGACAAAAGGCAACGAGUUUGAAGAUUACUGCCUGAAGCGGGAGCUGCUGAUGGGAAUAUUUGAAAUGGGCUGGGAGAAGCCAUCGCCCAUCCAGGAGGAGAGCAUUCCCAUUGCACUGUCUGGUAGGGAUAUUCUGGCCAGAGCCAAGAACGGCACAGGAAAGAGUGGAGCCUACCUCAUCCCCUUACUGGAACGCAUAGACCUGAAGAAGGACUGCAUACAAGCUUUGGUCGUGGUCCCCACCAGGGAGCUGGCGCUGCAGGUCAGCCAGAUCUCCAUCCAGGUCAGCAAGCACAUGGGCGGAGUCAAGGUGAUGGCUACCACGGGAGGCACCAACCUGCGCGAUGACAUCAUGAGGCUGGACGAGACUGUGCACGUGGUGAUCGCAACACCGGGCCGCAUCCUGGAUCUCAUUAAGAAGGGGGUGGCCAAGGUUAGCAAAGUGCAGAUGAUUGUACUGGAUGAGGCAGACAAGCUGCUCUCCCAAGACUUUGUGCAGAUAAUGGAGGAGAUCAUCGGCACUCUGGCCAAGAACAGACAGGUCCUGCUGUACUCCGCCACCUUCCCCACCAGUGUACAGAAAUUCAUGAGCACGCACCUGCAGAAGCCCUAUGAGAUUAACCUGAUGGAGGAGCUGACCCUGAAGGGGGUCACGCAGUACUAUGCCUACGUGACGGAGAGGCAGAAGGUGCACUGUCUCAACACCCUGUUCUCACGGCUCCAGAUAAACCAGUCUAUAAUCUUCUGUAACUCGUCCCAGCGGGUAGAGCUGCUGGCUAAAAAGAUUUCCCAGCUGGGCUACUCCUGUUUCUACAUCCACGCUAAAAUGAGGCAGGAGCAUCGUAACCGUGUGUUCCACGACUUCAGGAAUGGCCUGUGUCGCAAUCUCGUUUGCACUGACCUGUUUACUCGUGGUAUUGACAUCCAGGCUGUGAACGUGGUGAUCAACUUCGACUUCCCCAAGCUGGCGGAGACGUACCUGCACCGCAUCGGCAGAUCCGGCCGGUUCGGGCACCUGGGUCUGGCCAUUAAUCUGAUCACCUACGACGACCGGUUCAACCUGAAGGGCAUCGAGGAGCAGCUGGGCACGGAGAUCAAGCCCAUUCCCGGCAGCAUCGACAAGAGCCUGUAUGUGGCGGAGUACCACAGCGAGACCGGGGAGGAGGACAAGCUGUGAGGAGCCCCAGGAGUACAUCGCCAUCUGAUGAACUGAAUUUUUUUUUUUUUUGUUUUGUUUUUGAGCUCGUGUUUGACACCAUUUUCUUGGGGAUAUUGUUCUUCACUUCUCUUUUGGACUUGUAAAAGAGGAAACGCAUCAUUUCAUUUUUUUUUUUUUUUUUUUGCUGGGAGAUUGAGCAUAAAGAGGCAUACUGUGGAACUUGCCUUCUCUCUCACUUCGCUCCACACUGCGUGCAUCAGGCCGAGGUCUCAGAAGCACGAACAGAACCAGACUGUUGAGCAAAAGCACUUGGAGGAGCAAGGAAGGAAGGGAAGGAGGAUGGGACUUGAAAGCAAUUCUGCAGCAGAGUACAGAAACCUGCUAGACUCUUAGUGAAACCUCUCCUUACCCUUCAUUUACAUGUGAGCGUUGUCAUACCAAUGCAGCCAAUCUGAACUUCUCCCAACCCCUCCCUCAUUUUUUUUUUUUUAUUUUUUAUUUGAAGGCUUUUAGCUAUUUGUAUGAAGUGCCUUACGAAGCAACAGAACCACUGAAUAAGAACCCUGCCUGCUCACUUCGCUGCCCUGCUGAUGCCCAAUCUUCCCACCCCAGCAGUUAAUUUUGUAUUAUUUUACAUCAAACGUGCAUCUAGGGCAGGCUGGAACUUUUUAAAUAGAAAAACCAGUAACAGGAGAGGUUGAAAUUGAACUACCAAUAGAAGCUUGCUUGCCAUCUGUGUGUGUUGCAAAAAUACUGCACGCGCAUCUGACGGGUUUCUGAAGAAACGGCUAGGGCUAAAUAUUCAUGAUUUGUUUGCAGAAGUUUAUUUUAUAUUUAAAAAAAAAAAAAAAUUGGCACACUAAAACAACUCAUUUUUUGAUGCUCAGUUGAAACACUAACAGGAAAUAUCUUUUCAGCUGCAACAUUAAAUAAGAUUACGAGCGAUGGCGAUUUGUAAAGUAAUCUGUGUUGAAGUCCCUGUGCUUUCUCAUGCCCCUGGAAUCUGUGUCACACGGUGUAAACUUUGUAAAUGGUGUUUCGUUUUUGUUUUUUGUGUGUUUUUGGUUAGGUUUUAUAUUUGAACACAAGUUGCCAAGGCUGGAGCAUUUGCUGUGAGAGUUGGUUGCAUGCCCAAUUUGGGGAUGAAAUAAUUCUUACAAGCAGAGAGAACACUACAUUUACUAUCUUCACCUAAAACAAGUGAAAUACACUCUGUCCUUCGUUUCCGAAAUGGUCUGACCGCAUUUAAACCAGAGAAACUUGCCCACCCCACCCUGCCUUCUGCAGUAGAAAUAACAUUUAAUAUAGCUGGAAUAGAUCACUUUCAGUCUUGACCAAUGGGGUGUCCUGUGACCUUUUUGGACGUAUUAAAAAAAUAAACCAGUUCUCUGGAGUCGUGCAAUUAAGAUGCCUUUUACAGUAGCCAAGUAAACUACCUAAAUUAAAAUAUUUAAUAUAUACCUUAAUGUAAAGUCCUGCUGGCUGGGAAGUGUGUUUUAUCCUGGUAAGAAUGUACUCUUUGAACAGACAUUGUGGCACAUCCAGUAUUUGGCUGCUGAGCUUUUUUCAGUCAAAUACAGUAGUAUGGGUGGAAUAACUAGGAAGCAUCUAAAUAGAUUCUCUUUCUCUCCUUUUACAGCUAAGAAAUAAGACAUAUUGGGGAGAGGAGACUUGGUGGAGAGUGAUACUGUCUUUGCUUGCCAAGUUGAGUUUCUUUGCCUCGUUUUAAUCAGUUUUUUAUUAAUAUUUCACCCCAUUCAGUGUUGGCUUGCAGCCUUGUCCCUCACAGCAUGCUUGAUUGGCCUGAUCGAUAUUAAUAUGAAGAGAUUUGUUUUGUGUGUUUUUUUUUCUCCCCAGCCUUGGCUCUUUAAGCACUGGCUGCUUAAGAGGCCCCUGUAUCCUGCAGGCUUUCUCUUCCAUGGCUUUCUAUACAGAUCUCAAGCUGCUGUCGCUGCCCACCUAGAAAUAUGAGACUUGCAAGGGCUACUUAAACCCCAAAGUCUUGUAAGCAUUCAAACACAUGACUGUGUGCAAUAUCUAAAUCUAUGAAAUCUAAUCGAGUGUUGGGCUAAGCAGUCGCGCCUGUAAGAAGCUAGUGCACUUGUGUGCUGGAUUUGGGACUCUGAAGUGUACGCUGGUGCCUCUUGGGUGAGCUUUCUAAAGAUAGGAUUUUUUAUUUUUUUUUUUCAUGUGCAAAUGUAUUUGAGUUUACAAACAUGCUGCACAAAACAACUGCAGUUUGUAGCUGCAUCAAAGUACAGACAAGCGGGAAAGGGCAGCAAUGUUCAGACUGCCGACUGAAUUGGGGCAUGGAACCCCUGUGUCUGGGGUUUGGGGUUUGGGGGGUGGGGUGGGGGGGGGGGGGUUGAACUAAUCUGUACCCUGUACUGCAGCGGAGCUGUGACUACAGAGGGGUCGCCACUGUGAGUAUUGGAACACGAUCUUUUGUAAAUAUGUACGUCUGAGAAACGGAGGAAACAGCUUGUGUGUGUUUGCACGCCUGGCGAACAGGAGCUGCAAAAUCAAUAAGGGAGAGAGACUAAAGCCGUCGGGCUCGCUGUGCAGACUCUAAUAGACUUUAGAUCGGUACAAUGCUUCACAGACCCUCAAACUUGGCUCUUACAAAAGAAAAUGUGGGGGAGGGAGGGAGGGGGAGGGCAGUAAUAAUAAUAAACUAAAGUAUUAUUGUGCAAGCUUAUCCCUCCAGCACAGUCUCACCACCCAACGACUCCCUUCCCCCUCUAUUUGGGGUCUGUGCUAGUCUAGCUAGGGUGUGAGGCUCUGAGCGGAGGGUAGCUCAUUUAUCUGGGUAUUAAUAAAGAAGUGUCCUUUUUUUGUUUUUAAAAGGUGCUUCUGAAGUCUGGAUGCUGUAAAGGUUUUGGAGUGGUGCAGUGUGUCAAACGAAACAUGAGAGCCAGCAGGAAGGUCUAGACCUCGCCAUGAGAUCAUGCAACUCCCACCCCGGCACGCAACACUCCAAACCUUUACAGCAUCUCCACACUGGAAGGGUUAACCCUGUUUCUCCCUCCGGAGUUUGAGCCCUGACACUCGAGACAUUUCCACUGGAGUUUAUUGAGGGGGGUUAAAAAAAAAAAAAGAAACUAGUGGACAUUUCUGAGCAUGUUGAGGGAGAAAAAGGGGUUAAAAUAAUCUGCGCAAGAUAGCAGGUGAGGG